CCACCUUCAACAAAGACACCCUUAUGACCAAAGGAAAUGUGCCACAGUCUUCAUUCAACUCUUCUGCUUCUGUUCAGCGCCAAGUGACUCACACAAGACCUCAUCAUGGUGUCGGUGUGUCGACAGACGCUGGGCUUUGCCCUGGCCUUCCUUGGUUUCCUGGGGACCAUCAUUGUGUGUGCCCUGCCCAUGUGGAAGGUCUCAGCCUUCAUUGGAGCCAAUAUUGUGACGGCGCAGAUCUACUGGGAAGGUUUGUGGAUGAACUGUCUGUUGCUGAGCACAGGCCAGAUGCAUUGCAAGACCUACGACUCCCUUCUGGUUCUAUCUCGGAACCUUCAGGUUGCCAGAGCUCUUGCGGUCAUCGCCAUCAUCGUCGCUGCCUUUGGGAUCCUCCUGGGGAUUGCAGGAAGCAAAUGCACCAACCUUGUGGAGGAUACACGUGCUAAAGCCGUAGUGGCCAUCACUUCUGGAGUCGUCUUCAUUUGUGCCGGAGUUCUCAUCCUCAUCCCCGUCUGCUGGUCUGCGAACACCAUCAUCAGGGAUUUUUACAACCCCCUGUUGAACAGCACUCAGACAGAGACGACGAUGGCUUCUAUGGGGUUGCAGAUGGCAGGCUGUGCCUUGGCCCUUUUCGGCUGGAUUGGAGUGCUCAUCGCCUGCGGCGCACCCAUGUGGCGGGUCACUGCCUUCAUUGGUAACAACAUAGUGACAUCCCAGACCAUAUGGGAGGGCAUCUGGAUGAGCUGCGUGGUCCAGAGUACAGGCCAGAUGCAGUGUAAGGUGUAUGACUCCAUGCUGGCUCUGAGCACUGACCUGCAGGGGGCCCGGGCUCUGAUGGUGGUUUCAAUCAUCACAGGCAUCGCGGGGCUCCUCAUAGCUUUCGCUGGUGGAAAAUGCACCAAUUUUGUUGCAGAGAAGAGGGCCAAGGCGAAGGCUACAGUGGCAGCGGGUGUGGUUCUGAUCAUCAGUGGAUUCCUCUGCCUGAUCCCUGUUUCCUGGACUGCCAGCAUUAUCAUCAGGGACUUCUACGAUCCCGUUGUAGCAGAAGCCCUGAAAAGAGAGAUCGGGGCCUCUCUUUACAUUGGCUGGGGGGCCGGGGCCCUGCUCGUUUUGGGAGGAGGAAUGCUGUGUGCCAGCUGUCCCUCUAGAGACGAUGAGACCCCCUCUGUGAAGUACUUCCUCAACAAGCCUGGAGGAAAUAACAAAGAAGACUCAGUCCGAUCUUUGACGCCGACAAAGACAUAUAUUUGAGAUUUGUGAGGGGACAAAGAGACAUCUGCUUGACGUCUGUCUGUCUGGGGAGCUUGACUUUUAAUUUGAAAGAUCAAGAAAAAGGACACACAAACAACGCACAAUGAAGGAAACUGGCACUUUUAUAAGGGAAUCGCACUUUGGAUGAAUGAAGAUGCUUUGUGUGAGAGGUCUUUGAAUAUUGUUGUUAAUCCUGAACGUGUGUUUGGGGUUACUUUAAAUUACUGACAGUCUUUGUUUUACAUGUUGGGGAAAGCGCUUGGUUUCAGUUGAAGAAAAGUAAUUUUGUUCUUUUGCACUGAGCCAUCUUUUUUAAAUUUGUGGUUUUAGCUUUUUUUUCACAAUAAAUGGUCUUUCUGUCUUUAUUGUAA